UGGGUUUAAGUGCAGCUAUCAGGUCUUUUCUUCUCGCGCGCUCCGCGGUGCGCACAGACUGAGGAGAAAAUCAAAGAGGAGGUCCACCUUCCCAUGCGAUGUGCAGCAGCUUCAACAUCUGUGAAGUGGCUGCCUCACCCGGUCGGACCGGAGGCCGUCUGGUCUCCGACCUGGUCUCUGGAGUGUCCAGGGGAGACUCGACGCGCUCUGUCGGGGCCAGGCUGUGCGCCUCUCGGAUCUCCCCGGAGCCGGCGCGGGCUCUCGCCAUGGAGAUGAUGGAGGGGAACGUUAUGGACAAGCUGGAGGACAUGUCAUCCGUGUACGACUUCGACCCGAUUACCGGCAACAUUCCGGCCACUAAAGUGGAGAUCACCGUCUCCUGCAGAAACCUGCUGGAUAAAGACACCUUCUCAAAGUCUGAUCCAAUGUGUGUACUUUACACGCAGGGUGUUGAAACCAAACAGUGGCGAGAGUUUGGAAGGACAGAGGUGAUAGACAACACCCUGAACCCCGACUUUGUUAGGAAGUACAUCUUGGACUACUUUUUUGAGGAGAAACAAAAUCUUCGCUUUGACUUGUACGAUGUUGACUCUAAAAGCCCAGACCUGUCCAAACAUCCCGCAGAACUCAAUGACUUUUUAGGUCAGAUGUUCUGCACUCUCGGGGAGAUUGUUGGAUCACCAGCCAGUCGACUUGAAAAACCACUGGGGGGGAUCACUGGGAAGAAAUGCGGCACAAUCAUCCUGACAGCAGAAGAGCUCAGCAACUGUCGAGACAGUGCCACAAUGCAGUUCUGUGCCAACAAGCUGGACAAAAAGGACUUUUUUGGCAAGUCUGAUCCUUUCAUGGUUUUCUACAGAAGCAAUGAGGAUGGAACGUUUACUAUCUGCCACAAAACAGAGGUGGUGAAGAACACAUUAAAUCCAGUAUGGCAGCCCUUUACCAUCCCAGUGAGAGCACUCUGCAAUGGGGACUAUGACAGAACAAUCAAAGUAGAGGUGUAUGACUGGGACCGGGAUGGCAGCCAUGACUUCAUUGGGGAUUUCACUACCAGCUAUAGAGAGCUAGCUCGAGGGCAGAGUCAAUUCAACGUGUACGAGGUGAUCAAUACGAAGAAGAAAAUGAAGAAAAAGAAGUAUGUUAACUCAGGAACAGUGACUCUUCUCUCAUUCUCUGUUGAGUCAGAGUUCACCUUCCUAGAUUACAUCAAGGGAGGGACACAGAUCAAUUUCACUGUGGCAAUAGAUUUCACAGCAUCUAAUGGUAAUCCCUCCCAGUCUACAUCUCUACACUACAUGAACCCCUACCAACUCAACGCCUACGCCAUGGCCCUGAAAGCUGUGGGUGAAAUAAUUCAGGACUACGACAGCGACAAGAUGUUUCCAGCUCUAGGCUUUGGAGCAAAACUGCCUCCUGAUGGGAGAGUGUCUCACGAGUUCCCACUGAAUGGAAACAUGGAAAAUCCUUAUUGCAAUGGUAUUGAAGGAAUCCUAGAGGCGUACCAUCAAAGUCUGAAGACAGUGCAAUUAUACGGUCCAACAAACUUUGCUCCUGUGGUGAACCAUGUUGCCAGAUAUGCAGCAGCGGUGCAGGACGGCUCUCAGUACUUUGUCCUCCUAAUCAUCACAGAUGGUGUCAUUUCAGACAUGGCCCAGACCAAAGAAGCCAUCGUAAAUGCUGCCAAGCUUCCUAUGUCCAUCAUCAUUGUAGGAGUGGGUCAAGCUGAGUUUGACGCUAUGGUGGAGCUUGAUGGUGACGACAUAAGAAUCUCAUCCCGAGGGAAACUGGCAGAGAGAGACAUUGUACAGUUUGUUCCUUUUAGAGAUUACAUGGACCGGACAGGAAACCACGUGUUAAGCAUGGCACGGCUCGCCAAGGACGUGCUGGCAGAAAUCCCAGAUCAGUUUAUUUCCUACAUGAAGAGCAGAGGAAUUAAACCCAACCCUGCGCCGCCACCAUACACUCCGCCUGGACACACACACCACCACACACAAAUCUGAGGCCCUUCUUUUAGAGUUUCACUGAGGACAGAUAGCAUGCAGCAGACACUCAGAGUUCAGUGGGAACUCUCUACCUCCUGAUUUAAGUAUUUAAUUUAUAUUUUUUGCUGUGAACAGAAGACCAAGAAAUGGGUGUAAAAUGUCGUGCUGAACCCUCCCAUUGAGUGCAGAAACAGCUGUUUUUUCUUUUAAUUUUUUGGUAUGGUUUUGUUUCUGCUGUGAUACAUUUCUUUGUAGUUUCUCUUCAGGAGAUGCUGACCCAACUUUUUCAGGACUUGUUGCUGAAAGCCUUUCAGGCUGUGACUGUUUCAUGUCUUUUGAUAGCAGGUUGAUUCAAAGAGGUCAUGUAGUGGUUAAACCUUGUGCCUGUCUGUGCGUGUUUCUCUAAGUGUAUCAGGACAUGUGAACUUGACCCAAACCCUGCUAGUCAAUCAUCAGUGUGGCCUAAUGCAGUAAUAUUUUUUAGCCACCUUUUCCUUCUCAAAAUAGUUUUUAUAUCGGGGAUAUAUCUCCAUUUCUGAUAACAUGACAGUACCAGUGCUUUCCAAACGACACCGCCUCCUUUCCUCUUUAAUACUAAAUGUUUGUAUGAGCAUGUCGUAUGAGAUUUAUCAGCUUUUUUUCUUCUUUUUUUUUGAGUGGCAUGAAAAUUGAAUACAUUUGAUUUUUAACGAAAGACAUCUAAUCAAUUUUGUAUUCACUACCAAUUAUUUUUGAGCCACUAAAUAUAAAAGAUAGCACAGCAGCUACAAUGACUGUACCAGAGUGGUUGUGUACUUGUUGGAAUGCUGCUAAUCGUUUACUUUUAGGAAGCAUUCUUCCUUAACAACUAUUUCACUCCACCACCAUCUUUUAAUAUAAAAUAUAGCAUUAGUUUGGAAAAAACUGUUUGCUAUGACACUAUUUGUAGAUGGUUCAUUGAAAAACCCAGUAUUUAUACAAAGGUGUGUAAAGGGCCAGUCCAAGGCAGAUGCAAACUAAACGGCUGCUUAGAGCCACAAUAAUCAAGCGUGCCUCAAGAACAGUUGAAUUCCCAUGCAGAGCAUUUAUCUUAAUUCCUCUGUUCUAUUUCUUCACACUGAACAUAAGUUAAAAUAUUUUACAAUGGGGAUACUUUCCACCACAAACUGUUCCAGUAGUUAUUCAGUAGUUUCUUAAUUAUAUUACAUUUUAAAACAAAAUGGUAACAUUUUUUUAAACUUCAACAAAAUCAGUAAAUACAUUAAUACCAGGCUCACACUGAAUGCAGUGUAACUGCUGUGCAGGUGCAGGGAACCCAAAUCAUUUAAACCAUUGUGUACAUUGACAUCAGCAAUAGGAUAUCCUUUUAGCAAUAAGAAAGUUUGGCCGGAUGCAGCAGCAGGUUUCUGCAUCAAGCUCCUGAUUUUUACAAGCCAUAAAGCCGGACGCCAGACAGAAAAAACUUCAGGAGAAUUUCAGAAUAAAAUUAACCCAGCAACCUAGAUUGUCAAAUAGCCCCAUCAAAGACAUAUUUAUGCACACCAAUAAUGAGUUUUGUUGGAAGAGUUCAUUUUUUUCCCUCUUAAGCGCCAUUUCUGCAGCUGGACCGGCUGAUUUCAACAUGAGAGACUUUUUGCAACAUACCUGCACUGCAGCUGCAAGAUGUUCAGUGUGAGCCCCACAUAAGGACCUGGUCUCCAGAAGGUUUGCGCAUCUUCAAAAAGAUGCAAACGGGUUCCAAUGCUUAGAGCAGAUCCCAAGAGCAGAAGGUGAAAAGUGAUUUGUAUAGCAAUUCAGCAGAAAGCGUCUGCAAAUCUGUUAUUGAGUGUGUGCCUUCUUUAGUAUGCAGAUCUUAAUUUAAUGACCAGACCACAAUAAUUUAUGGGUGGAGGAUAUGCAAAUGUGAACAUUUACCAUGUGUAAAGUGGUUUCCAAAUCUGAAUCUCAACUGCAGCAGCUGUUUUGGCUUCUCAUUUAGCAUUUCUGAAAGUAAGGUGCAAAACUUUCGUGGUCAUUGUGGCCACAAAGGAGGAUGACAGAGGAUGGAGAGAGAUUCACUGUACUUUAAAACAUAUUAGGACCAUCUGAAAAAGUUGAAUAAUAUUAGAGAAGAAAAAAUUUCCACACAAGCCGGCACAAAGUAAUGCAACAGGACAGCAGAGAAUCUAUAUACAAUUUAACCAAAGAAAAAAAAUCUAAUUUAAUGUUGUGGUAUGUUUCUAAAAGAAAAUAAGAUAUUAGGAGCCACCAGAGAACAUCCAUCACAGAGCCUGUAAAUAGACAUGGGGGCGGCAUGACUGAAAGUGUGCAUCUCUUACGUGAGGCAAGAGGGAUUUUUGUCUCCCUUAAUGUUCUUUAACAGGCUCAUGUUUUAUGAAAUUAUUAUACUUUUCCUAGUUUUGCAUUAUGCAGGGUCAGGCUGCUGUUGAGAGGAGCUAGUGGGGACACAUUAAACUGUUUAGGGUGUAUUCUAGUGUAAAACAGGCUACAACUCCUCCUUUUUCAAGGUGGGUUAGGAAGGUCAAUCAGCAGACAAAGAUAAAUUUCUCAUAAAUUAUGAUCUUUAUUUUGAACUUAUACUUUAGUUUUUGCAUCUUUUUUUUUUUACUUUAGUACAUAGCUCUUUCAGAUAGGCUACUUUUGUGAAAUACACUACAUCAUAUACCGGUAUAUACUUUUUUUCAUUGUUAAUAUUUAAAUAAUUAAAUCGAAAGGCAUCCUUCUUUAAGAUCACUCUCGAAGUGGUGGGAUCCGAUGCAGUCUGCUCAUUUUCAUAAUGCAGAGCAAAACUCAUCUGCAUGUCUUAAAAAUUACACAGGAAUCUUUUUUGAUCACCUGUAACACGCCCACUUAUUGUUCGCACGACAAAAUUUACAUAUGCAUUUUAGCAUCCACUAUUUAGAAUCUUUGAAGAUCAGGCCCAAUAUGUAUAUGGGUGCCAAAAAAUAUCUGUUUGUAUAGUAACUAUUUAAAACAGUCCUUUCUGCAUCCGUUUCUGAGAUGGGAUCAUAUGUUGUGUCACAACAGGGAUAUUUUCCAAAUGUUAGCAAAGAGGUCCUCUAAGGUUGGUUAAAUUAAGAGCAUAGCUCCCUCCUCAUUAUUUAUUAUGAAGUUUGAGAGUUCCCUGACUGUUAAUUGAAAAGAAACUUCAACUGUGAAAUAUAGGAGGUUCACGUCAUGCAGAACCUAACUACAACCUGGGUCCAGUUUGGAGGAGAACAACAGCAGCUGUUUCUUUUCGCAUCGCUUCCAUAAACACUUCACCUCAAAAUUACUUGCAUGUCCUGCUUGCUAGGAGACUGACACAAAGCAGCGAAUCUUUCCAGCUGCUGUUCAAGUGCAAAAUCUAUUUUUAAGCUGUCAAAGGGAUCCUUCAACCCUUUGUUAUGGCAGUGAGGAGCAAAGAGCUCUAGCUGGAGGCUUCAGAGCUAGUUCUUUCUCAUAGGAUUUUUGAUAUUUUAUAAAACUUUAGGCUCAACCUAAAGAAAAAACAAAAAGGAACCUGUGACUUUAAAGCCCAAGUGUGAUCAACAGUGGUCAUAAGGGAAACAGUACUUUGGAUUUCUUCUAUUUGUUAAUCAAAAUAUGCACAUGGGGAGCAUAAAUGUGCCAUCUAAACACCAUUUACAGACAAUAACAAUAACAUUCAGUUAAAAAAGAUGUAUUACUAACUUAUCUAAAUUUAAAAAUAUUCAGUCAUCACUCCCAGAAGUUGCAGACCCCUGAUCUUCAGCUAUCCCUCACACUAAGCAUGCAUGCAGCAACAGUAGAGAGGAAAACUCCCUUUUAACAGGAAGAAACCUCCAGCAGAACAAGGCGUGGUGUAAGCUACCUUCUGCUGAGGCUGACUGGGGCUCAAGGAGACAGAAGCUGACAUAGAAAAUUAACAUAUCAGCAUUGAUCUAUAAAUACUUUCUGUGUUAGAAAAUUUAACAGUAAACUAGGUUUUCACAGUGAAAAAUUUUCAUGUAAAAAGGAAUGAAAGAGAGGUGACCCAGUUAGUCACAAUACAGUGAAAGCUGAGCCUAUGUCAAAUGUUGAGGAAAAUACUGAUGCUGCUCCCUCCUCUACAGUGUGGCUAAACUGAGGUGGAGGUAUGGAAACCUACUAGAUAAAGGAGGAAGUACUGAAGGUUUUAAAAUACAAAUGCUAAUUUUAUUCCUCUGGAUCACAUGUUCACCCAUGGAGCAGGGGAAUGUAUCUGGUGACUCCUAGCUGUGAUAAUAUAAGCCUUCAUUUUGGAUUUAGGUGAUCUUAUGAUGGUGUUUAGGUAACCUGUUAUUUAACAAUCAGAUGGGUCCCAGAUUUCCUGUCU